AUGGCCAUGACCCUGCUGACGCUGAGCAAUGGUGAUCAGGACAACACCUUGUGCAAGGAAAAAUCCAAGGUUUGUGUUCACCUGGAGUUGGUGAAUGGGCAGGAGAAAGAAGAAGCAAAGAUCUGGGUGAGCCCACAAGCAUGUAUCGGUGAAGUGAAGCAGCAAGCAGAAGACGAGCUUCAAGUUGUAAUCAGCAAGCUCCAGCUCCCCAGUGGGUGUUUCAUCGAUGGGCACAGAAGUGUCGAAGAGGAAAGGCUAGAUGAGAAUGUGAAGAUUCGAGCGCUUGUUGCAACACGAGAAGACCUAGAUUUCAAGAUGCGUUUGCAGCAGGCGCUGGAGAAGGAAGAAGGCGUCGAGGUCGAGCGCGAGCACCAAAAACGAGUGAAGAGGAUUGUCUUCUUGCCUGGUUCCGAACACUUUGAUCCAGUGGCCAUUCACACGGUCAUGGUCAGCGGGAAGGAGGAGAAGCAGUGCAACUUUCGGAAGGGCAAGGCGCUGUGGAGUCCAACUCGCCCCAUGGACCUGGAGCGCGGCAUCGAUGCCGACUAUCCCCAGUACCUCGUAUAA